UUCUCUCUAUCUGAGGUUGACUUAUGCCUCAUCUCGCUCAACAUGACCAUAACAAUCCUGUACUCUAACACUUCAGUCCGCCAAUCUUGAAUAUGCUGAUCGCCAUUGAUUCAGCCUUCGCGCGAAGUGUCGACCACUCCAAAGCAGCUUGAUUGUCAGCCACGCCUUUAGAGGUGCAAGGGGUUUGGUAUUGGCGGUGACGCUUGACGCCUCAUCAAUCCUGGAUACCAAUAUCAUCGAACCACCGCGGCUGUCGAAACAAGAAAAACAGUCACGAUGGCGUACUCUUUCGUCACACUUACGUCCGCCGAAAAGGACGAACGCCGCCGUCAACUCAAUCUUUCUGGAGAAAUGGCCUGGGUCAGUCCCAUCAUCAUUCUACUAGGUGUAUACAUACACCGCAAACUCCUGCGUCCUUUACUGAGUCAGACGCUCCCACCGCAUUUGUUGGUCCAGUGGCGUCGAGUAUCAUGGGUCCUCGGCACAAAGACAUCCAUCGGCGGUACCGGCGACUUCGGUCCCCUGGGCGUUCAACUCUUUGGCGCGCUGUACCUUAUAUGGCUUCUCGUCCUGAUCUUCCGGUCCACAGGGCAGGAUUACAUGCACCUUGCCAAAGCGUUUGGACAUGUCGCUGUGUCGCAACUACCGUUGAAUUAUCUGCUCGGUAUGAAAUCUAUGUGGUCUCCUGUGAGUCUUGCCACAGGGUUAUCCCAUGAAAGGUUGAACAGCUGGCAUAGAUUGUUCGGGCGAAUUUUGUAUGCGUUGGUGGGUGCGCAUGUUCUCAUGUAUUUGAAUUUCUUUGUCCAGCAAAAUCUCCUGGCGAAGCGAAUUGGGGAUUGGGAUGUUCUUUGGGGGGUUGUUGCGUUUGUGGCGUUCAGUCUCCUUUGGGUGUUGAGUUUGCCUGGGAUACGGAGAAGGUGGUAUCAUUUUGUUUUCUAUCGGAGUCAUGUUGUUUUGAGUGCUGUUGUUGUGCUGGCUUUGUGGUGGCAUGUGCCGUAUACGAGAGUUUAUGUUGGACUGGCGGGGUUGGUUUGGGGGGCUGGUGCGGUGGUGAGGAGAUUUGGAGCUAGUGUUGUCGUCAACGCACAGUGUGAGGCGGUGGAGGGAACGGAGUUGGUGAAUGUGUUGCUUGAGGUUCCGAGAGAGUCUGCCCUCGCAACUGGUGGCCCAGGGCAGCAUUUGUAUUUACAUGCUGAGGGGUUUGGGCCGAGGACGCCAUUUACGAUUGCUGCGGUGGAGUACCAGAAGAAGGGUUUGGUGAGCGUGAGGCUUGUGGUUAGGAAUGUGGGUGGACCGCAGACACGGUCGAUUGCGGAUAUUGCUAAGAGUAGGGAGGUUAAGGAGCUCAGGGUUGAAGGACCGUAUGGAGGGUCUGGGAUGAGUUUGCCGGAAAUGGUGCAGCGAAGGGAAAGUGGUCCUGUUUUGAUGGUCGCUGGAGGUGUGGGAGCUACGUAUAUAAUCCCGAUUUAUAUUGCGUUGGUGGAGCAGCGGCGGUCUACAGCUGGGAAGGAUGCGAUGGUCAGAAUGAUCUGGGUGGUUAGGAGGUUUGCUGAUGCUUCUUGGGGAAUCGAGAUGUUGAAAGGGAUUGGUGCUGAAUUGGAAGAGUGUGGUGUCGACGUAUAUGUCACCCGUGGGAGUGUUGGGUUUGAUGUUGAGAUGGAGGAGCAGAGGUCACCGGAGCUCACGAAACAUGGUGUGUCGGUUCAUAAAUUGGGGAGGAGGCCCGAUCUGGAGCCGAUGAUCGAGGGGUUCUUCCCUGUGAGUGCGGGUGGAAGCAGGGUGAUGCCUAGUUCGGAUCCGCGCUUGUAUGCCCUAGGUGAAGCGAGGAGGAGGCAGAUGGCUCUGGAGGAGGCGACCGUCUUUGUCUGUGGACCUGGGUCGCUGGCCAACGACGUGAGAGAGGUCGUUGGGCGGCAGGUCAUGGAGGAGGGCAGGAAGGUGAAAUUGAUUGAAGAAGUGUUUGGAUUCGGAGGCACCUAGAUUUUAUAUGCUACGAAGUUGAAGGCUUGGUAAUGGCAGACAAGAAAACGAUAGAACUUGCACCGUAAGUGGCCUAGAUCGGCGAGCGCACACGAGCUUGAUAUAGAGGAAACGAUAGAUAUUCUAG